AUGAAGAGAGAUGCCCUGAAAAGAGCGGGACAAGAACCACUGGCUUCUCUGAUAGCGACCAGGGCCGGCGAUUUGUCCGCCGGUGUCCCCCGGCUACCGCAGGCGGGCGCGGCUAAAGGCCGGAGGAGCCGCCACCGAGGCCUUCCCGCCGCCGGUGAGUGCCAGGAGGGGUUCCCGCUCAGGGCUCGACGGCAGCGGGGGGCUCCCACGGGGCAGGGAGGCGGGAAGGCGGCAGCGACCCGAGCAGGGCAGGGGCUGCGCUGGGACCCCCCUGUGCGUGAGGGGCGCCGGGGCGGGACGGUGCGGGGAAGAGAACCGGCUCCGCUAGCGGCUCCCGCCCCCCGGCCCCCUCCCAGGCAGCCGUGCCCCCUCGGCGGGCUCCCGCCGUCGCCGCGACGGGGACCCUCUCGCUCCUCCUCUCAGCCCGCAGGCGGCACUGGCCGGCCGCUCAGGCGGAGUUUGCUUCCUCAGGGACGGGCCCGCUCCGGGGUCUCUGCGGGGGAAGCGCCUGAGCUCGGCGGCCACGGCGCUGAGGAAAUGGCGGCCGCGGCAACGGCCCGCCCGGUGUCCCGCGGCCGGGUCCCCUCACCGCCUGCCCUGCCCGCUCCUCCCAAGGGAUUUGCCCCGUGGGGAGCGGGACACCCCCGUCACCCUCCCGGCACAGGCCGGGAUCGAGCCGCAGCGCCAGGCCAGGAGCCGAAGGCGCCAUGGCAAACCGCGCCUUCGCACCUCGGGGCCGGCGGGCCGCCCCAUGAAAAUGUCGGCGCGAAAGAACAGGGUGGGGAAGAGAAAACACCUCCCCCGCCCGAGCGGGUGCCGGGCCCUCAGGGAGCCGUCCGCGCCCAGCAGCCCGCCCCUCCGCCCCUCCUGGGGCGAGGAGAAGCCGUCGACGGAAAAAUCCCCACCGAGCACCGGAGGGCCGGCGGACGGAGCUCGCCGAGGCGGAGCAGCGACCGGCCAGGCACAGGGCCGCGGGGCGGGCAGGAACGAAGCCGCACACCGAGCAGCGUGCCCCCGGGAGCGCCUCGCCGGGGCCGCCCCGGGGGGAGCGCGCAGCCGGGGCAGCGGUGCGAAGCCGCUCCGGUGGAGCGGCUUCGCACCGCUGCCCCGGCUGCGCGCUCCCCCCGGGGGUCCCCCUCGGUGCAGAUCCUCCGCGGCCGCCUUGGCUGCGGUGCCAGCGCGGAGCUGGCUCCGCACGCCGGCCCGGCUCUGCCCGCACCGCCGUGGCGGGAAGUGCCCGUCCGUCCCCGCCGAAAAAAAUAG